GUUCAGUACAUACGUCAGUUCAGUAUCGGCGACAGACAGAGAGAGUCGUGAACAACCCGCGCUCGCUCUCACACACAAUCUACAGCCCCGAAACUGUCUAAAACAACGAUUUACUAGCACUGUGUACACAGGGACAUUACCUUAACCCAAGCUUGGACUAUUUACUCUGCUUUUGGACCAGGAAAGAACAGGGAACUAAAGGAUUUUUCUCUUCUCUUCUCCUUCCUGCUGUGCCCUUUGUUUUUCUCACUGUGGUCUCUGCUGUCCUAGCAGGUGUCCACUAGCGCCCCCCAGCGAAACAGAGCGGUACAGCCAGAGAAUAGGGAGCCCGGGCAGCCUCAUCGUGGGCCCCUCCAGUUUAGCUGUCCGAUGCGGAGUGAGGAUGAGUCCUGCUCUAGAAGCCCUCAUGCAGGCAGACGGGACGCCCCCCUAUCCCGGGAAAGGGGUUAUGCUUGAGCCUUUUGUGCACCAGGUGGGGGGCCACUCUUGCGUGCUACGUUUCGGCGACCAGACCAUCUGCAAGCCCCUUAUCCCCCGAGAACAUCAGUUCUACAAGAGCCUGCCCCCCGAGAUGAGGAAGUUCACCCCCCAGUACAGAGGUAAGCGUAUUCCCUUACCACACCCUAAACCUACAAUAUAACACUGUCAUUGGAAUAACAUCCUUUAUGCUGUGUGUUUGUGGCUAUUGCUACUGCCCAGUAUUAAUCUCCCCAAAUUCCUUCUUCAACCUGGUAUCAGAUCAUUUUGUAUUAUUCUUUAUGUAAAUCCGAAAUACUCCAUUUGUAUGAUAUGUUACGUUUCGUAUGGGUUUUAUUAAUUUGUGGAUGUCCAGCACCCAUUUCGUACGAUAUGUUACGAAUUACAAUUCGUAUGAUAUGUUACGAAUUUGCAAAAUGUACUAUAUGUUAAGAAUUUGGAAAAACAUAUGCUAUGUUACGAAUUCUGGCUAGGUGACUAACUUUAGCUAGCUGGCUGACAUGUGCUAGGCUAGGGAUUAGAGUUAAGGUUAAGGUUAGGGGAAGGGUUAGCUAAAAGGGUUAAGGUUAUGAAUAGGGGAAGGGUUAGCUAAAAGUGUUAGGGAUAGGGAAGGGUUAGCUAACAUGCUAAGUAAUAAGUAGUUGAAACGUUGCUAAUUAGCUCAAAUGCUAAAGUUGUCCGUGAUGAGAUUUAAACUCUCAACCAUUGCGUUCGUUUUGCCUUAAGUAACCAUCUGUCUUAUGUAACCGUACCAAACGUAACAUAUGGCCCGGAUUUACAUUUACUAUGUUACGUCUAGUCUAUGAGACCAGGCAGCCUUCUUCUCUGUCACUUUCUCUACCUCCAGCUCCACCCCUCCAUCUCUCUUUUUCUCUCCCUGGUUCUCUACUGAUAUGGUCGGCUGGUGUGUUGUGUAUUAUUGGCUGCAUUUAGGAUUACAGCAGGUUGCUGGAGAUGGCAGUACCAUGGCACAAAAUGAUUUGUUUUAUGGUGGGGCUUAAGUGAAGGUGGGGGACAGACAGUAUGUGACUGCAUGAUGCGUCAGGGCUAUGCAGUAGUGAGGGGUCGUUCCGCGAACGGCUCUUUUUGAACUGAUCUUUUUGGUGAACCGAAUCGCAUUGGUGAAAGAACCGUUAAUUUGGCUGAUUUGCAUUGCCUACUGCUACUACUGCUUUUUGAGCUCAAAACAAGUUUUUCUGCAGAGAAGUUACAAAAUAAUUAUCUGAAGAGGGUGAAUCGUCACUGCAGAAACAAUAAAUAAUGGGGAGAGCGCAUCAAUCUGGUCCACGCUGAUUUUUCCACUGCGUAAAAAAAUGGUAGCCUACCUUUUGGGCUUUACAUUAGAGAUUAGCAAUUUUUUCUUGGUUCUAGUUUGAUUUUGAAGCAUUUUGAACUAGGAGCCGUUUGAGAGACAAAUGAGCCGGCUCACUUUGCAGUGUCAGGUAAUGUAAUGGUGGAGACUGGAGAGGGGUAUGGCAGGAUCUUUAUCCCCUGACAGAUAGGUGUGACCCCUUUACCAAAGGACAGGGCAUUUAGCAUUAGACGAAGUGGGAGAGAUGGCCGUGUCUGACUGGACAUCACCCUGUCAUGGAAAACAAAUACACACAUGCACACACUGUCCUUAUAUCCUGGCGCCGACGAAGAUGGCGGCCUCGCGACUAGCUCUUAGGAAACUUUGAAGUAUUUUGUUUUUUUAUGUAUUAUUUUUUACAUUAUUAGCUCAGAAAGUGUUUUGCAUCAUUACAUACAGCCGGGAAAAACUAUUGGAUAUCAGAGUGGCGGUAACUCACCAGCAUUACGACCAGGAAUACGACUUUCCCGAAGCAGAUCCUUUGUUUGCUCUCCCCAGGGCAACUAAACUGAUUCCAGCAGCUGACCCAAAACAUCGCCGGCGGAGGAGAGGCACUCGGAGCGGCCUGCUGGUUCGACUUAGGAGAUGCGCACACCACCCACCGCUUCCAAGUAUCCUACUCUCUAAUGUUCAAUCUUUGGUUAACAAAGUCGACGAACUACGGGCAAGGAUUUCUUUCCAGAGAGACAUCAAGGCCUGUAACAUACUCUGUUUCACGAAAACAUGGCUCUCUUGGGAUAUUCUGUCGAAAUCGGUCCAGCCAGAUGGGUUCUCAGUUCAUCGCACAGACAGAAAUAAAUAUCUCUCCGGGAAGCAGAAGGGCGGAGGUGUGUGUUUCAUGAUUAACGACUCAUGGUGUAAUUGAAGUAACAUACAGGAUCUCGAGUCCUUUUGUUCACCCGACCUAGAAUAUCUCACAAUCAAAUGCCGACCAUAUUAUCUCCCAAGAGAAUUUUCUUCGGUUAUAGUCACGGCCUGUAUAUCUCCCCUCAAGCCGAUACCACAACGGCCCUCAAAGAACUUCACUGGACUUUAUGCAAACUGGAAACCACAUAUCCUGAGGCUGCAUUUAUUGUAGCCAGGGGCAAAUUUGAGGACUAGGUUGCCGAAGUUCUAUCAACAUAUCGACUGUUGUACUCGCGCUGCUAAAAUCCUUGACCAUUGCUAUUCAAACUUCCGGGAUGGUUAUAAGGCCCUCCCCCGCCCUCCUUUCGGCAAAUCUGACCACGACUCCAUUUUCCUUCUCCCUUCCUAUAGGCAGAAACUCAAACAGGAAGUACCCGUGCUAAGGACUAUUCAACGCUGGUCUGACCAAUCGGAAUCCACGCUUCAAGAUUGUUUUGAUCACGCGGACUGGGAUAUGCUCCGGGUAGCUUCCGAAAAUAAUUUAGACGAAAACACUGAAACAGUGACUGAGUUUAUUAGGAAGUGUAUAGGUGAUGUUGUGCCCACUGUGACUAUUAAAACCUACCCUAACCAGAAACCGUGGAUAGACGGCAGCAUUUGCGCAAAUCUAACAGCGCGAACCACCGCAUUCAACCAUGGCAAGGUGACUGGGAAUAUGGCAGAAUACAAACAGUGUAGCUACUCACUCCGCAAGGCAAUUAAACUGGCAAAACAUCAGUAUAGAGACAAAGUGGAGUCGCAAUUCAACGGCUCAGACACGAGACGUAUGUGGCAGGGUCUACAGACAAUCACGGACUACAAAAAGAAAACCAGCCACGUCGCCGUCACCGACACAGACGUUUCGCUUCCAGACAAGCUAAACACCUUCUUCGCCCGCUUUGAGGAUAACACAGUUCCACUGACGAGGCCCACUACCAAGGACUGUGGCCUCUCCUUCUCCAUGGCCACGUGAUUAAGACGUUUAAGCAUGUUAACCCCCGCAAGGCUGCCGGCCCAGACGGCAUCCCUAGCUGGGUCCUCAGAGCAUGCGCAGACCAGCUGGCUGGUGUGUUUAUGGACAUAUUCAAUCUUUCCCUUUCCCAGUCUGCUGUUCCCACAUGCUUCAAGAUGGCCACCAUUGUUCCUGUACCCAAGAAAGCAAAGGUAACUGAACUAAAUGACUAUCGCCCUGUAGCACUCACCUCUGUCAUCAUGAAGUGCUUUGAGAGACUAGUCAAGGAUCAUAUCACCUCUACCUUACCUGUCACCCUAGACCCACUUCAAUAUGCUUACCGCCCCAAUAGAUCCACAGAUGAUGCAAUCGCCAUCACACUGCACACUGCCCUAUCCCAUCUGGACAAGAGGAAUACCUAUGUAAGAAUGCUGUUAAUUGACUAUAGCUCAGCAUUCAACACCAUAGUACCCUCCAGGCUCAUCAUUAAGCUCGAGGCCCUGGGUCUGAACCCCGCCCUGUGCAACUGGGUCCUGGACUUCCUAACGGGCCGCCCCCAGGUGGUGAAGGUAGGAAACAACAUCUCCACUUCAACGAUCCUCAACACUCGUGCUCAGCCCCCUCCUGUACUCCCUGUUCACCCAUGACUGCGUGGCCAAGCACGCCUCCAACUCAAUCAUCAAGUGUGCAGACGACACAACAGUAGUAGUCUUGAUUACCAACAAUGACGAGACAGCCUACAGGGAGGAGGUGAGGGCUCUGGGAGUGUGGUGCCAGGAAAAUAACCUCUCACUCAACAUCAACAAAACAAAAAGGAGAUAAUCGUGGACUUCAGGAAACAGCAGAGGGUGCACCCCCUUAUCCACAUCGACGGGACCGCAGUGGAGAAGGUGGAAAGCUUCAAGUUCCAUGGCGUACGCAUCACCGACAAACCGAAAUGGUCCACCCAUGCAGACAGUGUGGUGAAGAAGGCGCAACAGAGCCUCUUCAACCUCAGGAGGCUGAAGAAAUUUGGCUUAGCACCUAAAACCCUCACAAACUUUUACAGAUGCCCAAUUGAGAGCAUCCUAUCGGGCUGUAUCACCGCCUGGUACGGCAACUGCACUGCCCACAACCGCAGGGCUCUCCACCGGGGGCAAACUACCCGCCCUCCAAGACACAUACAACACCCGAUGUCACAGGAAGGCCAAAAAGAUCAUCAAGGACAUCAACCACCCGAGCCACUGCCUGUUCACCCCGCUAUCAUCCAGAAGGCGAGGUCAGUACAGGUGCAUUAAUGCUGGGACCGAGAGAAUGAAAAACAGCUUCUAUUCAAGGCCAUCAGACUGUUAAAUAGCCAUCAUAGCACAUAGAGGCUGCUGCUGCCUAUUGAAAUCACUGGCCACUUUAAGAAAUGGAAUAAUGUUUACACUACUCAUCUCAUAUUAUAUACUGCAUUGUGGUCCUCUGUAGCUCAGCUGGUAGAGCACGGCGCUUGUAACGCCAAGUAGUGGGUUCGAUCCCCCGGGACCCACCCAUACACAAAAAAAAUGUAUGCACGCACGACUGUAGUCGCUUUGGAUAAAAGCGUCUGCUAAAUGGCAUAUUAUUAUUAUUAUUAUUCUAUUCUAUAAUAUUCUACUGUAUCUUAGUCCAGGCCACUCUGACAUUGCUUGUCCAUAUAUGUAUAUAUUCUUAAAUCCCAUUCCUUACUAGUUUUGUGUGUAUUGGGUAUAUGUUGUGAAAUUGUUAGAUAUUACUGCACUGUCGGAGCUAGAAGCACAAGCAUUUCGCUACACCCGCUAUAACAUCUGCUAAACACGUGUAUGUGACAAAUACAAUUUGAUUUGAUUUGUCACACACAACCACCUUGGUUGGAAUAUCACAUUCUGUUUAGUUUUUCAUUUACCAUGAUGCUACACUCAUUGACUCCUGACACUUGCACGCACAGAUAGGCAUAAACACGCACACCACACACAAACACACUUUCUAUCACGUCACUUAUGUGACAGAGUUGAGGCGCUAGCAUGGUAUUUGACUGCGCAGCAAUGCAUUGUGGGACUAUAAAAAGAACAGUGGAUAGGAGAGGAAGAUGUAGAAAGAUUAGCACAGACGUCUGGUGACACUGAGAUAUAUUCCACCAAACAAACACAUUCACUUCUGCUCCAAACACUCUUACACACACUCUCACACUCUUACAAACUCAUUUAGGCCGCCCAUAUACACUGACUUUCACAUACUCACAAAGUACAUUAGUCACAGGGACUCACACACUCAUCCUCACAUGCCCGAUGACAGUGCAGCUCUUACAGUUGGAACUGGCCUGGGAAGUAGAGGGUAAACUGUUGCAGGGUAGUGACAUCACUCUGCAUGACAUCACUCAGGGCAGGUGCUGCAGAGGAGAGAUAAGCGCUGGGUCCCAUUGUCCUUCAUGUCACUAGCCAACCCACCUAGUAUCAUCUCAUACACAUAGGCCCUAAUGAAGGAUCUGUCUUUAUGCUUCAGAUAACCUUUCCUCCAGUGUCAACCAGGGAUGUUUUUUGUUGUGUAAAUAUUACAAAAAGGCUGGGAUUUUCUUGUUUUGUGCUCAGUCGUAUUGUCAUGUUUAUAUCCAAUAGAAUGCUGUAUAUUCAUCUCACUCCCCUUCCCUAUCUCGCUCCAUCUUCCAAUCCCUCCAUCCCUCCCUCUCUCUGGUUUAUGUGUCAGCUCCUGCAGUUGUGAUGUUUUACUCUUCCUGUCUUGAAACCACCAGUCUGCAGUGAGAGCUGCAGUACACAGGCCCUUUUAUGGGGGUUUAUUGGAUAGGGAGGUAGGGGGUGCGUUCAUGUUUUGGGAUCACAUCAUAAAUUCACCCGGGACUAAGAAACAGUGUGUGUAUAGUUUUCUAUAAAAGUGUUUCCCCACCACUCUGUCCAUCCCACCACCCUCCUCCCCACCACUCUGUCCAUCCCACCACCCUCCUCCCCACCACUCUGUCCAUCCCACCACCCUCCUCCCCACCACUCUGUCCAUCCCACCACCCUCCUCCCCACCACUCUGUCCAUCCCACCACCCUCCUCCCCACCACUCUGUCCAUCCAAUCACCCUCCUCCCCACCACUCUGUCCAUCCAAUCACCCUCCUCCCCACCACUCUGUCCAUCCCACCACCCUCCUCCCCACCACUCUGUCUAUCCCUUCCCUUUUUCAUUUGUUAGUGUGUUUGGAUUAUUGCCUUCAAUUGAACUGUAUAAAAAGGCAAGUCAGACCUGAAUGGACUCUUAAAACAAGGACUGGUCAGAGAGGCAGUGUACGCAAAGUGCCUGACUUGAUGGAACUUUUGUAUCUCUAUGAAAUAGAAUAUUGCACUGUUGGGUGAAUAUGUCUGCAUUUCUGGUGUGUUGUUGUCAUGGUUGUAUUUGAGUUUAUACGGUGUAUCUUUGCUGUGAUUUCUUUUGGGUUGCCUUGAAAUGUUGUAACACUGUGUGCGUUUCAGUUUAUUUGUGGUUCUGGGUGGGUUUGGUAGUUGCUCAAUAAAGGUUGGACUGAGUGUCAUACAUUCGAGCCUCCUGUGGUGUUUGUGUAUCUCUUUGCUUCUUGGGUUCAUUCUCACAUAUACAUUUGAAGUACUUAGAAAGAUACAUCUGUUGUUGUUGCCACUCGUUGCUCUCUCUCUCUGCUGCGUCCUUGCCCCCCAACCUGCUCUCUCUCUCUGCUGCGUCCUUGCCCCCCAACCUGCUCUCUCUCUCUGCUGCGUCCUUGCCCCCCAACCUGCUCCCUCUCUCUGCUGCGUCCUUGCCCCCCAACCUGCUCUCUCUCUCUGCUGCGUCCUUGCCCCCCAACCUGCUCUCUCUCUCUGCUCCCUCCAUAGGAAUGCCUGUGUUUGUGUUUGCAUCUCUCUUUACAGAGUGUAUUUGGCUGGAAGCAGGACCUAGUUGGUAAGAGCUGCCUGUGACAACCCAGUUACGGGGAGGUCUUGGCUUCAUCAUAGCGUUAUAAAAUAUAAAAUCCAAUGCCGGUACUAACUGCCUUCUCUCUCCUGCUUCCCUCCAUCUCUCCCUCUCUCAGGUGUGGUGUCAGUCAGCUUUGAGGAAGACGAAGAGGGCAACCUGUGCCUCAUUGCCUACCCCCUCCACAAUGAACCAGAGAACCUGGAAAACAAGGACCCCUCAGCUGACUGCGAGCCCAAGAGCAAGAUGAUCAAAUGGGGUAACAAGAAGACCUCGUCCCUACUGCUGGAGAAUGACAACUACAGCAUAGACUGGGCCAGACAGAGCACUAAAGAGAACAAGAGCAAAAGGUGAGCUCAUACACUGUUACAUAUACUGUAUAUACACACAAAUAUGUCCAAACGCCAACAUGCAGCAAAGAUGUAUGGUGAGGGGUAGAUAUCUAACCUCUUUUCCCUCUCUCUCUCUGUGUGUAGUUAUAACGGUGCAGAGGCGCAGCAGCAGGCUGAGGUUCUCUGCUACAGCCUGGAUCAGAAGCAGAUUAAACACAACCCCUGGAGUCUGAAAUGCCACCAGCAGCACCUCCAGAGGAUGAAGGAGAACUCCAAACACCGCAACCAAUACAAAUUCAUCCUGUUGGAGAACCUGACAUGGCGUCACACGGUUCCGUGCGUGCUGGACCUAAAGAUGGGCACGCGGCAGCACGGUGACGAUGCGUCGGAGGAGAAGAAAGCCAACCAGAUCCGCAAAUGUCAACAGAGCACCUCCGCCUCCAUCGGUGUCCGGCUUUGUGGCAUGCAGGUGUACCAGUCAGACUCAGGCCAGCUGAUGUUCAUGAACAAGUACCACGGGCGUAAGCUGAGCCUGCCGGGCUUCAAGGAGGCCCUGUUCCAGUUCUUCCACGAUGGGCAGCGUCUGCGGCGCGAGCUGCUCUCCCCGGUACUGUGGAAGCUCAGGGAGAUGCAGGAAACCCUGGAGUCCUGCGAGUCUUACCGCUUCUACUCCUCCUCCCUCCUCAUCAUCUAUGAUGGGGAGCCCCCCCGCGCCUGCGCCCCCACCAGACCACGCCACCGCGGAGGAGAGGAGGGUGACGAUGACGAGCCCUCAGAUGAGGAAGAGGAUGAGGAAGAGAAAGAAGGUGCGUUUGGGUUCCCCCGUGGCUCGGCAGCUGGCAGCAGUGCUGGUGGGAGCAGUAACGGUAGCAGUAAGGGUAGCGCCGGUCGCUCGUCCCGCGGCGGAGCAGUGGAGGCCAGCAGUCCGGCGGUGGAUGUGAGGAUGAUAGACUUUGCCCACACGACGUGCCGCCAUUACGGGGAGGACAGUGUGGUGCAUGAGGGUCAGGACAGCGGCUACAUCUUCGGCCUGCAGAACCUCAUCACCAUCAUCUCGCAGCUGGAGGAGCACAGCGCCGACUAAAGGCUGAGCCUCCACUCUGGAAAACUAACCUAACCUGGGAAUAACAGCACUGAGCUGCAGCUGUAGCCCUGCUCUGCCCUCCUCCGCAACUGGCCUGGUUCUAAUGGCCACGACACGGCCGGGGGUCUGACCCCCCACCUACUGUAGGGGAGAAACAGGGAGCUUCUGGGUUGGUGCUGAGGUCGGUCCAGCUACAGCUCUCACAGCCAGUCACCUCACCAACACGGGACAGGACUGCUUGUGCACUCGUUUGCACCUUGUCUCUGUGACUGUUCUUCCUCUCUUUCUUCAUCUCUUUAUUUUCUGUGUAGUGGGAGAGAUAGUGUCUGAGACUCUGGUCUAUUAACAGGCUCAGGGACUCAUGUAGCAUCCUGUCCUCCUUUCCUCCUCUCUGCUCCUCUGUUACUGUUUUCUUUACUGUAUGGUCACUCUGAGAGAGGGACCAAAAGCUUGUGUAGUUCUGGAGGUUGUACUUGAUGCUUUUAAACUGUAUGGUGACGUGAAGUGUUUGUGGAUGGCAUUUGGACUGCUGUUCCCCCAACAGCACAGCAACACACGAGUGGGGGUUGCUUCUGUACAGACUGAACGGGCUAGGCAGAUCGCUCGGUCAGCUGGCAACUCCUCACUCUCCUAUGGCCGAUUUAUUUUAUAUUUCUUCUGGUGUUUCUGCAGACCCCAGCAACAAACAAACUUUUGUUAUACUUUUGGCCGUCUGGAUUUACAACAACGAUGCAUGGAAGGAGAAUAACAUUUUGGUGAAGAAGAAUGGAUUUCUACCUUUUGUCAACAAUUCCACCCCCGUACUGUUUAGUCUCUAAAUCAAAGACAUUUAAAGUGGGGGUUUAUAAGGGAAUAACAUCAUUACUUUGUCACUUUCUUAGUGUUUGUCUGAUUUGCUCCUCUUCAUUCCUGAAAUGGUGACUGAAGAACAGAAUAUAUUGAUAAGGACAAUAAAUACAAAGACUAUAGAGACUUUAUUUAUUUGACAUAUUUCUUAAAAAUAAACAAAACAAAAAAAUGACAAACAAAAUGGAGACAAUGAUGACAACAUUCCAUAUUACUGUUCUAAAUGUUUUGUUCUGAUAAUGACAUUAGUGAAUAUUGUUUUUUUGCAAGAUAUCUCUCUUGUAUACCUGUGUGUCAACAGUAUGUUGGAAGAAAAAUAAAGACAUUUCUUGUGGUAAAA